CUUUUAUUAUAUAAUAGAACAUGAAAAAAACUUUACAAAUACUCAAAGCUUAGAGUCUUAAUUACAAUUCAAUAGUGUCUGGCUUAAAUUAUAGAAUGACUAUAAGAGAGAAUGGGUAGAGAAUGGGUCAUAUUUCAAUUAAUCUUAAUAAAUCUAAUAAUGCAUAGACAAAUAUUCUACUCAGGAAGCUUCUUUAAAAUCAAGAAUACUCAAUAUUAAGAGAUUAAACAAAAAUGAUAUUUGAAGGAUCCUUCGAAGCAUUAAAGACCUUAACUGGAGUUACUACUUAUUAUCCAGACACAGGUUAAUAGAAAAAUAUUAUAUUUUAGGUUUAUUAGUUUAUGAUUUAGAAGCAAACAAGCUUGUAUUACAUUUAACCAAAGAGAACAACUAAUGUUAAGGAAUUGUCUUAGGUUAUGUUAUGGAUUAGGAUGCUAUAACCAUAUUAAAUUCUCUUAGAACAUCUACUAUUCCAUUAUAAGCAAGAUUAGAAAAUACUUAUAAUUAUUACCUUAAAAGAACCUUAAAUGUGAGCUUGGCUGUAUCAUUAUUAGUAUUUUAUAAUGCAUUUAAUGGAUCUUAAAAGUAAUAAUUUGGUGUGUUUGAACGGGAUGAUAAAUCUCCUAAAGUAGAAACCUAAUGA